UGCAACCCCAGUCGAGGAGACCAAGUUGUGCGGGAGCAUCGGAUGAUUUGGGAGCCCGGCUGGGAGCCCGAACUCAACUCAGGGUCAACGCUGCCUGCACCUGGGCGGCUCUGCUCAAGGUUUGACACCAACCCAAAAGCCACUGUCGAUCAUCUGGAACCAGCGUCAUCCACCACGAGAAGAAGAAGAAGAAGAGGAAGAAGAAGAAAAAAUAGACCAUGGCCGGAGUUCAGCAGGGGCUGGAGGUUGCCUUCUACCUCUACCCUUGCGGGCUGUUCGCGACUCUGCUGGGGUCGCAGUCCGUCCAGUACUACCGGGAGCGCCAUGGUAAGCCGAGCCGCGACGCGACGGCCGACCAGAAACAGGCCGAGGCCACCCGACGCCUCUACGCCCGCCUGAUCUGGGGCGUCCAGCUGCUGCUGUCCCUCUUAGUGCUGGCCAGCAUCGUCGUGGUCCUGCGAGAUGCAGUCGCCGGGCACGCUGGCGGGCCCGACGCUGCCUUCCCCGACAGUGCAUAUCUGGCAUCCUACGUCGGCGUGCUGCUGUACUUCCUGGCUGGUCUGCUGCCCGACCCAGAGGGCCCAUGGUCCCCCGUCGCUGCCAAUGGCCAUGCCUGGGUCGCCGGCGUGCUGUUGGAGGCCGUCAUCACUGCCGUUCUCAAGACCCAGCAGCCUGCCAUUGGCCUCUCACGAGACGUCACCGAUACUCUGCUCAGCCUAGGCUUGGCGAGGAUCGUCUUGCUCGUCGUCAUGAUCAGCCUCAUGGCCCUCAGGCAGUACAAGCUGAGGCCGUCUGAGCCCCAGUCAGCCCCGGAGGAGCAGCAGUCUCUUCUCGGGAACGGCCAGGGACCUGUGGCUGACUACGGCGGUGCCCACGGACAUGGACACGGCCAUGGGCAUAUGCCCGCCAUAAAGCCUGCUUCUGGGAAGCCUCCAGGUGUUCAAGGGACAGGCUGGCUUGACUACUUCGCCGGCUUUCGUGUCCUCUUCCCCUACCUGUGGCCCAAGGACUCGCCGCUCUACCAGGCCAUUGUGGUCCUCUGUAUAAUACUCCUGAUCUGCCAACGCAUCAUCAAUGUCUACGUUCCGGUUCAGCUUGGAGUUCUGGUCGAUACUCUGGGGUACGGCCAUAUACCCUACAAGGAGAUCGUCCUGUACAUCGUCUUCAGGGGCCUGCAGGGUAACCAGGGAGCCAUUGGUGCCGCUCGGUCUGUGCUUUGGAUACCCGUGUCGCAGUCCCUCUACCGGCGGCUGUCCUGUGCUGCUUUUGAACACGUGCUCGGCCUGUCCCUGGAAUUCCACCUGAGCAAGAAGAUUGGCGAGGUGACAAGCGCCCUGAGCCGUGGCGCGGCCAUGAACACGUUCCUCGAGAACUUCCUCUUCCAGGUCUUCCCGAUGGUCUUCGAUAUCUUUGUCGCUGGUGUGUACUUCUUUGUCAAGUACGAUGCUUUUUACACCAUCAUUGUAUUCUUCAUCAUGUGGUCGUACAUUUUCCUCACCAUCUACAUGGCCAAGUAUCGCUCCAAGCAGAGGAGAGACAUGGCUACCAAGAGCAGGGAGAUGGAUGCUGUCAAGACGGAUGCCAUCAUGGCUUUCGAGACAGUGCAGCACAACUGCGCCGUUGUUCAGGAGACUGGGCGAUUCAGGACCCAUGUUAUCAUCUACCAGAAGGCAGAGCGUCUGGUGCAGUGGUCUCUGAACGGGCUGAACCUCACCCAGAGCUCGAUAUUCUCCCUUGGGACGGCCUUGCUUGUUGGCGUUUCGGCCUACAAAAUCUCCAUCGGCGAGCAAAAGGUCUCAGAAUUCGUCACCCUGAUUCUAUAUUUUACACAGCUGCAGGGGCCUCUGAAUUUCUUCGGCACAUACUACACCAUGCUCCAAAACAACUUGAUCGAGGCAGAGAGGAUGCUUGAUCUGUUCAAGGAAACUUCGGGUGUCGUGGAGAAGCCGGAUGCAAUCAACCUCCCCCCGCCUCGAGGCGAAGUAUCUUUCAACAACGUCCGCUUCUCCUACCAGGGCAAGGCCAAGGACCCGGCUCUCGACGGUGUCAGCUUCACGGUUGCCCCGGGCACAAAAACCGCCAUCGUCGGGGAGUCCGGCAGCGGCAAGUCGACCUCGCUCAAGCUGCUCUUCCGCUUCUACGACGUCGAGGACGGCUCGAUCACCGUGGACGGGCACGACCUCCGGGACCUGAAGAUCGACAGCCUGCGGAGGAACAUUGGCGUUGUGCCGCAGGACACGGUCCUCUUCAACGCCUCCAUCAUGUACAACCUGCAAUAUGCCAGCCCCAACGCCACCCAGGAGGACGUGUAUGAGGCGUGCAAGGCUGCCAAUAUCCAUGACCGCAUCCUUGCCUUCCCGGAUCAAUAUGAGACCAAGGUCGGAGAGCGCGGCCUGAAACUCUCUGGCGGUGAACGCCAAAGAAUUGCUAUUGCACGCGCCAUCCUGAAAGACGCGCGUAUCCUGCUCCUAGACGAGGCUACCGCUUCUCUAGACACUCACACCGAGAGGCUGAUCCAGGAUGCUCUGGAGCGGGUAACCGCCGGGCGAACGACAAUCACGAUUGCCCACCGUCUUUCCACCAUCACCACGUCCGACCAGAUCGUGGUCCUCCACAAGGGCAAGAUCGUCGAGGUCGGCAGCCACCACGAGCUGCUCGACCUCGGCGGCCGCUACCAUGCGAUGUGGAAGAAGCAGACCACCAUCGAAAAGAGAGACCAGGAGAAAGAAAAGCUGGGUGAAGCAUCGGAGACAGAGCAACAGUCAUAGGUUACCAAGGGUUGCUCUAGCACGUGUUGCUGGUUGCUUUUCGUGUUCGACAAUGGCGGUAGAUCAUCGUGGGACUUGUAAAGAUAGAGCAUUUUUGUAGAUAUAUGUGAAAAGGGUUGGUUCCAGUUUCCCUGAUGCAUAAAUCGCAAGGGGGCUGCAAAACUUUGAAUAUCCCUGUCUUCCUUCCCACGAAACACGGCUAAACAAGCGUUACAAGGCUUUGCCGCGAUCCCGUCUGGGGUCCCGUCUGGGGUCCUGUCUGGGGUACAUCAUGGAUUCCCGACGGCACUAGCUCACUCUGCAGGCAUCCUAUGACUC